AUGCCUCCGACGCGUCGAAACCUCUUCCAAAGCCACCUCAGUCGCCGCCCGGCAUCCAAUCCUCCUCAACCCUCAACUAGUGACUCCAACAACCACCCCUCCACCGACAACAAUGACUCCAACAACGACGACGACCGCGACAUUCAAAACCCACCCCACCAAUCCAAUUUGAUGACACCCGAAACCAGGCCCAUAAACACAAUAACCCCGCAAACCGACAGCGGCGACAUAAUCGCCCGCGACAAAAACGGCAAGUUCCAACUCGACAUCCCCGUCCUGCCGCCCGUACCACUCGAUGAAGGCGAUGAGGAAGACGAUGUUGAAGAUGAGGAUGAAGGUGCUAUGGAAGGGAUAGAGGAAGAUGGGCGACCGAGAGCGGGGCCGGAGUCUAUGGGGAAGGAUAAGGAUAAGUUGGAGGCAGACUUGGUUGAGAUGAUGUAUCGGAAUCGGAAUAGGCAUUUGAGUGGUGAGCCAGAGCUGCUAAAUCUACUACAACAAAGUCUGCGAAGUAAAGUUGCGACUCUAGAGGAAGACAACUGGAUGUUUGAGACAGAGGAUGAUCCUCUUGUUUGA